GUGGCGCACCCGCAGCGUGAGCUCCCGACAAUUGACCGGCGCUGCUCUGCCCCAGGUUGCUCGCCUCCCGAUUGUCGUCCGACCACCGGCUCCUUAUCGGUCUCUAACCGGCGGAGAAGCAGGAAAAAAAGCCUCUUAACCUCUCUGAAAUAAAAUGUAGCGCCAGCCGCCACACGGACCGUUUCCACAGCAGGAUAGGAGCGAGUCUUUAGGAUCGAACUCGUGAAACCGACAGAAUCGGCGUGUCGAUCUCAAAGAUAGAAAGAAAACAAAACCUUUUAAACUUUCAUGUUAAAUUCCCCUGAAAGUUGAGCCGGGAGUUUUCCAUAUCUCUGAGACUGCAGUUUCCCAAAAGAUUGUGGGCUGAACCAUUCAUCCCCCGCCACUCCUGCUGCGAACCUGCUUUGCGAGAAAACAACCAGGAAGAAACAAAACACAAAUCCUUUAAACGCCGUUUUUCUUUCUGGAUCAGAAAUGGACGCAAACAUGUUAAGGGUCCCGCACAACAAACACUAGUUUUUUAACACGUCCCAAGGAAUUUUGGGCAUGAACUCCUCUCUCAAGAUAAAUAAUUGCAGAUCAGAACCGUACAUAUCUCAUGCAGAGGAAAACAUCAUUAUGAAUCCAGAUGCAGAACAGGACACAACAACAAGUCUUGCCUUGGAACGUGCUGAAAUAGUAUCAAAGUAUGACAAGGGACGGGAAGGAGCAAAGAUUGAUCCAUGGGAAGAUGCAGACUUCCAUAUUUAUAAAAUCACUGAUCGAUUUGGCUUUCUACAUGAGAAGGAGCUACCAAUGCCUGAUGCUUUAGAAGAAAGACUAAAACAAAUUGAGAUCGAAAGAACGGGAAAAUGGUUAAAAAUGUUGAAAAGCUGGGACAAGUAUAAGAAUAGUGAAAAGGUGGUGAGGAGAAUUUAUAAGGGAAUCCCACUGCAGCUGAGGGGAGAGGUCUGGUCAUUACUUCUGGAAAUACAAAAAAUAAAACAGGAAAAAAAGGACUUGUAUGAUAAACUCAAGUACAGAGCACGAGCAACAUCUCCUGAUAUCAGGCAGAUCGACCUCGAUGUGAACCGUACUUACAGGGACCAUAUCAUGUUCAGGGAAAGAUAUGGAGUCAAGCAGCAAGCUUUAUUCCAUGUUUUAGCAGCUUAUUCCAUGUACAACACGGAAGUAGGUUAUUGCCAGGGAAUGAGUCAGAUCACUGCACUGCUUCUUAUGUAUCUGAAUGAGGAGGAUGCCUUCUGGGCACUUGUUCGACUGCUGUCUGGUCCAAAACAUAGCAUGCAUGGUUUCUUUGUGCCUGGCUUCCCAAAACUUUUGCGGUUUCAAGAACAUCAUGACCGGAUUUUGAAGAAGUUUAUGCCAAAGCUUAAACAACAUUUGGAUGCACAGGAUGUCUUUACAUCUUUGUAUACAAUGAAAUGGUUCUUCCAGUGUUUUCUGGACAGAACUCCCUUCACUCUAACACUGAGGCUAUGGGAUAUCUACAUGUUAGAAGGAGACCGGAUUCUUACAGCUAUGUCAUAUACAAUUCUUAAACUGCACAAAAAACAUAUGAUGAAAUUAGCAAUGGAAGAUUUGAUAGAGUUUCUGCAAGAAUCUCUGGCCAAGGAUUUCUUCUUUGAAGAUGACUUUGUUGUAGACCAGCUUCAGAAUUCAAUGUCUGAGCUAAAACGUAGUAAACUAGACUUGCCUCCGCCAGGUAAACCUGAAGAAUUUCCACAAAAAUCACUUGGCCAACUGCCUGUUGAGUGCCAUGAGCCACCGGUUCUCAAUCAUAUGACCAAUGGCCAGAAUAAUGUAAUUAAAGGAGGACCAACAGCUUCAAGGAGAAAAGAUAAAAAGGUGUCACCAGAGAAACACCAGGAGAAACAGCCUGAUAUCAGGCCCAAGAAAAGCUCUUUGGAAAAGCCAACUGUGAAAUCCCAAAAGACAGGGUUUGUGGAAAACCAAGGAGGCAAGGUGAAAGUCUUGCCAGACCUUGAUGUGCGAAAGCAGCAUGGGCUGCCAUCACAGCGUGUACUGACACAUGGCAAUCCCAAACAGCUUAACAAUGCCACAGCCAACCAGAACUCAAACGCAAAUCCAAGUGGCAGAAAGGAGUUUGCACCAAAGUGGAACAAACCUUCAGGUCAGAAAAUCUCAGAAGCAAUUUCCAAACAUUCUGCCGAUGGCAGCAGGGGCAGAACUGGAAGCUACAAUGCACCAAGUUCCCAUUCCAGUCCAGAGGAGAUGGACGUGUUUUUAGGCAGGACAAAGGGACUGAUUAUUAAAGUUGAUGAGACAAAGAGAGACUCAAAUGCUUCGGAAUAUGACAAUGUUCCUGGAGUUAAUCAUGAAUAUGAGAUAUGUGCUGAGGAAAUGAUAGAAAAUAGGGAAUUGAAUAUCACACAAAAUAAUACAUUCUCUAAAGCAGCUACAUUGAAAAAUGCAAGUCCCUCAAAGAUGUCGUCUGCACAGUUUCCACACAAGGCAAUCAGUGCCAGUGCAGGUUCCCAAGCACGACCUGCACGGACUCAUUCUGCAUCAGUAAGUUCUAACCAAAGGUCUACAGUAAAGCGACAGCCCUCUUCUCCACCUUCCUACAGUAGUCCUCCUGAGUAUCAUGGUAACCUCCCUCAGUACUCACCAACCAGACCUAAAGACAUGCCUGCAUUGUCACAGUACAGUUACAAUAUGUCUGGAGGCCGGCCUAGUCAUGACAAUCGGCCAUAUGUUACAAAGGUAGCACAUAUGCCAAACUAUGAAGAGGCUAGUAUGAACUCCCGCACCAUUGGUCGUCAGUUUUCUAACGCUUCACAGCCUUUCAGAACUACAAUACACACUUUAGAUCGCAGUGGACAAUAUGAUUUAAUAAACAAAAAUUACAUAAGGCAUCCUGUUCCAUAUGAAGGUGCACAGCAGCGUUCACCGGAAUAUCAACACAAUUACAAAAAACGGCAAGAGCAAUAUGAAUGGCAGUGGAGCCAGGAAACUGAUAUAAGGUCCAGAGGAAAUAUGCAGAGAUCACCAAGUUUCCGUAAUGCACAACAGACUCCCAUCCCUGAAUUUAACUACCCAGGUGUUCCUGUAACUGGCAGCAAUAUCUAUAAAACUACAUCGCCAUAUUCUGAUGCAUAUGUACAAACACAAUAUCCGCAUUCAAGUCCGUAUGGCCCCCAGCAUUAUGGAAAUCCUCAGACUGAUAGAAGAACCAUCCCAGAAUCAGUAUUGCUUUAAGAUGUAUGCCUUCUUUUAAAAAAUGAUGUGAAGAACAUUCGUGAAAUUUUAAAAUGUCCACUGUAUUAAAAACAAACUUUUAAAAUGACCACUGUAUUAUAAAAAGGCCGCUUAUAAUUUUGUCUGAAGCAUUUGGGAAAAGUUCCUAAAAAUAUACACAUGGUAUUUUGUUACUGAAACUUACAAGAUCAGGAAACCACUUGAAAUUGAAAACCAGCCCAAUUUUUAGAGUUGUUGUGUUUGUGUUUAUAUUUUAGUAUUGGGAGCAAUGAGAUUUGAACACAGUCCUAUACCAAAUUGAACCAAACGCCUCAGUAAUUUACCACAAAUUUCUUGAAAAUUUUUUUGAACAGUCGGUCGAUAUUCUGCCUUUCUCUCAUUAUGUAGGUUGAUUCUGGUUGUUGCUGUGUAGCCAUGAUGUGACAAUUUUAAAGGUUAAUUUUAUAAUAUCUUUGGCAGAUUCUGGACUAAAAUCUCAGAGUAUUAUAAUCUUUCCCAGGUCACUAUUCUGAUAUCUUACUCAGUAACUUUUUUAAAAAAAAAGAUAAUUGGGCUGUAUUUCCCUUGAAACAAAAUUGGCUAGGUUUAUAGAAUACUAGCGUCAAACCUAACUGCAUGCUUUCUUCCUAGACUUAAACAUGUAAAUUGAAGAAGGCAGAUAGAUCAGUGCUAUCACACUUGUGUUACAUUAGUAGGAAUAAAAUACUAAAAUUAGGUUAUUGAAGUACAACAAAAGUGAAUAUUGUCUAAUAUUAGUACACAUUUGUUUUUCCUUCAUAUUUAACAAUACCAAGGUGAAUCAUGGUAGAUAAUUUGCAGAAAAAAUAGAUUAAUCUUUUACCUUUUACUCUGUCAAUUACAACAGUUUGCAGCUGAAUAUAUUCAUAGGAAUUAUUGAUCCUUCAGUUUUUUCAACAGAUUAAAUAGUAGAAACAGUGCUGGAAUUGCAAACUCCUUGAUUAUGAAUAACACGUUAUGUUGGUUAAAAGUCAUGGUGUUUGAGCUGGGAUAAGGUGGGUGUUGGACCAGUUUGCUUUGUGGUUUUGUCAUGAGAUUUUGGCCUUUGUUUUAAUGGCAUGGCUAAGUAGCUAAUAUAUCCCAAAAUGAAAAUGCUAUUUUGACUUUUUUAUGGUUUCAGAUAGAAAUGAACAGGAACAAAUGCUUCAGUAUACACUUCUGAUUGUAGCUGGAGUCAUUUAGAUUUUAAAACAUGUCAGCAGAGUAGAAAACACUGGUGAAAACAUUUAAAAUAACUUAAAACACUGAUUCAAACAUAUUACAACUGGCAUUGAUUACAUGUAAGUGGAACAACACUAUUGUCUGUAUAUGUGUGUAAUAUAUUU